AUGUUACCCCCAUUUACAUCAACAUCUGUCAAUUAUGAUUGUGUUGGAUCCAAAAACGGAAAUGGGAGCACGUGGUCAUGGGCUGCAGGAUGCGUAGCGGUAGCUGCAGCCUUUAUACCGACCACUACGUCACGCGAAACGUCCGAACAAUCAAAUCCGUGUUUGAUGAAAAACACAACAUCGACAACAAAUGACUUGAAUGAAAAUCAUAAACAACUAGUCAUUAAUUAUGACCAAACUGAAGUGCCAACCAAAAAUGGUGUAGAACACCGUGCAUUACGAAUCUUACUCUUUGCUGAGAGUUUUCCAUCAUUUACAAGUGGAAUAACACGACGAUUCAAAGAAAUAAUACGACGUUUAGCUAAAAAAGGUCAUUAUAUUCAUGUUAUUACAGGUUGUAAGAAUGCUUCAACUUGGACAGAUGGUAAUGAUUUAUUGCAUGAACAUGUAACAUUCUCCAUAUUACCAUCGACAGCUUUUACAAAUAAAAUUGAUUGUGCUUGUCCAUUCUUAUUUCCACAUACUAAGCCAAGUAUUUGUUCUGCAAUUCGUAAUUAUCAACCUGAUGUCGUCCAUGUUGUUGAACAAACGCCUGCAGCAAUGAUGUGUGGCGUAUUUGCCAAAGCAUUAAAUCUCCCAAUUGUAUGGUCAUCUCAUACAAACAUAGAUUUUUAUUUAUCAACUUAUGUGCGUUCAUACGCUGUUAAAUUUGCAAGAAAAAUCUAUCAAUAUAUUCGUUUGAAACAUUUAGUAUAUUCAUCAAUUAAUUUGACCGUUAGUCAAGAUUUUGCCGAUUUUAUGGAACAAACUGGUGUACCAUCACCUAUUCUUGUAUGGAAAACGGGUGUUGAUUCUGAUCUAUUUCAUCCACAACGUAAAUCAUUAACAAUGCGUCAACGUAUGUUUGGUACAAAACAUAAUUAUACUGUUGAUGAAAUGAAUAAUAUCACAUUAUUUUUAUGUGUUGGACGAAUUUCACCAGAGAAAAAUUUUGAAUUUUUAUCAUUAGUAUUAGAUCGUAUUCCAUCACAAACAUUUUUAUGUAUUAUUGGCGACGGUCCAUUUCGACAAACAUUAGAACCAUUAUUUCCUAUCGAGCGUGUCUAUUUUUUUGGAUAUUUAGGUGGUGAAGAAUUAGCCUCAGCGUAUGCAAGUGCCGACUAUUUCAUCUAUGCAAGUAUAUCAGAAACAUUUGGACAAGUGUAUUUGGAAGCUAUGGCGAGUGGAACACCUGUUAUAGCAGCAGAAGGUGGUCAGAUGAAAGAAUUUUUUCAUAAUGGUGAACAUGGCUACGUAUGGAAACCGGGCGAUUUGGAUGAUGCUGAAAAGGCUGUUAGACAUGCAAUGAAAGAACGAGAUCGUUUAUCAAUUAAUGCCAGAAAACAAGCAUUAAAACAUUCGUGGGAUAAUGCAGCUGAUCAACUAGAUAAUGUUUAUUAUUCAGCAUUAAUCAAACAUAACGAUGACCAUUAUGCUGCGCCGUCCACAUUUUUUCUUAUAUUCAGGCUAUUCUAUUAUACAAUCGUAUGGUUUAUUUGUAUUGGUCUUGCAAUUGUUUUUAUGCUUCCAUUUGUUAGAGUUUGUAGUCCAAUAAUUAAAAAUACGACUACAACAGCAGCAACGUCAACAGCAUUGUCGUCGAAAAAUAGACAAAAGAAUGAUAAUAAUAAUAAUGAAAUUUCACUAUCGUAUAAAAAUGGAUUUCGAAAACAGACUAUAACCAAGUAA